AAACGGAUUCGUAUUCCCGCUUCAAGCGAUAAACGAAUUCGAAACUUUGAAAAAUAAAAAAGAAAAUCUUCCUCAGCCCGCCAUUGCUAACCAACUAACCCUUCUGCCCUUCUUCUUAACGGCCCCGCCGCCCCUCUCUCCGCCGCAUCUUUCACCCCUUUCUUCAUUUCCAUUUCCAAACUUUUAUUACACAAGCGUAAUUUCAACUCAGAGGAAUAGGACUCCAUCCCGAGAUGGCCUUAAGGGAAUCUGGGCCGGCUUACUCCCGCAAACAGAAAUCUCUCGGUCUACUCUGUUCCAAUUUUUUGAGCUUAUACAACCGAGAGGGCGUUGAAACUAUUGGGCUGGAUGAUGCGGCAACGCAGCUAGGGGUUGAGAGAAGGCGGAUAUAUGAUAUUGUGAAUGUUUUGGAAAGUGUUGGUGUUCUUGCGAGAAAGGCUAAGAAUAGAUAUACAUGGAAAGGAUUUGUUGUUGUCCCAAGAGCUCUCCAGGAGCUGAAGGAAGAUGGCCUAAGAGAGAGUUUUUUUGCAGUUGAUAGAAAUUUCACACCUCAAGUUACAGAGAAUAAAGAUGAUGUCAUGCAUGAACCUAAAAACUGUCCUAGUCAGGGUGGAAUUUCAUGCUACCAGGUUACAGACAAUGAAGAUGAUGUUGUGCAACAAUCUCAACACUGUGCUACAAGUCAGGGUGAAAAAUCAGAACUCACAUUGGCUGCCAGGCUUGAUAAUAGAAAGGAGAAAUCUUUGGGGCUUCUCACGAAGAAUUUCAUCAAACUUUUUCUCUGCACUAAUAUGGAAACAAUUUGUCUGGAGGAGGCUGCAAAGUUAUUGCUGGGGGAUGGAAGGUCUCCAUCAAUGACAAAAAACAAAGUUAGAAGACUGUAUGACAUUGCGAACGUUCUUUCCGCAAUGAAAUUCAUUGAGAAGACUCAACACCCGGAAACAAGAAAGCCUGCUUUUAGAUGGCUGGGGUUGAAAGGCGAACCAGAAAAUGUAUCAGCUCACAUGUCAGACCAUGAUUUGGUUUGUGAUUAUCAUCAAUCCAGUAAAAGGGUGUUUGGCGCUGAUAUCACUAAUAUUCCUCCCACUAAGAGAAGCAAAUCGUUUCUUCUUCCCUCAAUGGAUAGUAGUGGUGGCGGCGUAACAGAGACAAAGCUGCUAUCCCAAAUCAAAAGUGAGAAUGUGGAUUGUGUGGCCAAUUUGGAUACUGGUUCAAGAACAAGUGCUUAUAAGAGCUAUCACUUUGGUCCCUUUUCUCCUACUGCAACUAUGCCCAAAGUUGAAGAUCAGGAAAGUAGCCAAAGAUCCAAAAUAAUUAGUGCCUGUGAAAGUUUAGGAUCGACUUAUCGCCCAGAAUAUCAAAACCAAGAUGUAAGAGAUCUGUUUUCUCAUUACAUGGAAGCAUGGAGCUCUUGGUAUUCUGAAGUUGCCAGGAAGAAUCCUAUCAAUGUGCUAUCUUAGUUACAUGCUAUGAUGCCAAGUGCUGACACACCUUGUUGUUUUGGGUGGAACGGAAGAGACAAUAACAGUUCCCGUACAAAUGAUGAUGGCCUGAUCGGUAUUGAAUGCAUAUUGUCAUUGUAUCAACUUGUUGAGCCCCCUUUACAGAUAGAAGAUUGCUUUAGAAUAAUUACUAUGUUGAGCCCUAUAGACAAAAUUUUGUCCGGAAAUGUUUAUCUUUUAUUAAUGCUUAAAAUAAAAAAAACUCACCCUUACCCCUCCUGAACCAAUGUCAUAAUUAUUAGGGUGGACUGUAUUUUAACUGUGGGAAAUUCCUCAGACUAGAACUAGAUCAAUUUGAACUAUAUUGGAAUCGGUAUGCAUAACCGGCUAAACUCGGGCACUGUUCUGACUCCUAAAUGAGACCAGACUGCUACAGUUCCUAGUUUAUUGAUUUUUUAAUGGGUACAACAAUGGCAUUGGAAAGGAUUGGGACCAAAUAUUGAUCUUACUCAAAAAUUUGUUCUUGUCUUGGGUAGGGUGGGGGAUUAGGAAGGGCUGAGGUCCACCCUUAUCAAUUACUAGUUCAAAAUUGUGUUUUCAAAAAAUUACUUAUUUUUAACAUUGAUUUUCGUGCGACUUCACUUUUAUAAGUUUAUCUGUUGUAGACUCGUAGUUUAUUUAGCUCCAAUUAGGCUUAGUAAAAUUGAUUAAGCUCAAGAUUUAUUUUAAAAUGUUUCACAGAUACAUUUAGGCCAAUUCAUUAGAUAGAGGUCAAUUGAAUUGAACACCUAACAUCACUCUUAAGGGUGAAACAAUAAGGACUAUAAAAUCUCCUUUGAAAAAGUGAACAUUUCUUGUUUAUGGUUGAUGCUCGUUAUUUCAUCAUAUAUGCAACUCACGUAAGCAAUUUACUUCCUUCGUUCCAUUUUGAUUGUCCUAUUU